AUGAGUUUCUAUACUGUUGUCGCAACAUUCCUAUCUGUCGUUCUAGCAUCUGCUGUCUUUUGGGUCUUUGCUCCAAAGGAGAAUCAAACCGUUUGGAGGAGUACAGUUAUUCUAUCAAUGGCAAUGAUGUUUUUGAUGUGGGCUAUAACAUAUUUAUCCCAAAUACACCCACUAGUGGUCCCCCGUCGUUCAGACCUAAGGCCUGAGUUUGCAGAAUAA